AUCUUCAACACAAAUCCUCACCACACAAACACACCCAACAAUGUCAUCCCAACUGGGGCUUUGCCUACUAUUUCUGAUGAGCUGUGCAGCGUCGAUCACGGCCGAGCAGUGUGGCCGGCAGGCGGGCGGUGCUACGUGUCCAGGCAACCUAUGCUGCAGCCAGUAUGGCUGGUGUGGGACCACAGAUGAGUACUGCACCGAUAACUGCCAGAGCAACUGUAGGCCGAGUGGUGGGCCACCACCAUCUGGCGGAGGGGCUACGGUGCGGGCCACGUACCAUUUCUACAACCCCGAGAAGAACGGCUGGGAUCUGAAUGCUGUGAGUGCCUACUGCUCGACGUGGGACGCUGGCAAGUCCUAUGCAUGGAGGAGCAGGUACCGGUGGACCGCUUUCUGUGGGCCCGUUGGACCUCGUGGACGGGACUCGUGUGGGAAGUGCUUGAGGGUGACGAAUCGGGCCACGGGAGCUCAGAGGACCGUUAGGAUCGUUGAUCAAUGCAGCAACGGAGGGCUGGAUCUGGAUGAAGGUGUUUUCAGGCAAUUGGACACUGAUGGUAGAGGGUAUGCCCAGGGCCAUCUCAUGGUUGAUUACGUGUUUGUAAACUGCAAUGACGGAUUGGGAGUUGAGAGCUAUCACUCUUCGUCUUAAUAAUGCUACUACGUAUGUGGUUUUUGCUAUAAAAAUAAAAAUAAGUCCAUUGCGCGUGGACCGUUCAUUAAA